AUGUCUUCACCACAUCACGAAAAGCAAGAUCGUUGCGUGGUGUCCCAAGCACCAGCGGUCCGUGACUUCAGCAAGGAAGAGAAAGAGCUGGGAAUCGGGCCGACAUCGAUUCCCCUAGACCGAUAUGUCCUCGAGCAUAUCCCCAGCGCCGUCAGCGGCCAUGACAUGCCGAUCGCGGUGCCAACGCUCACCCAAGAAGACGAAGAUAUCUACCGACGAUUCACGCCGGGGAGAAAGCGCCUGAUCGUAGCGGUCGUGGCCGUUUGUAGCUUUUUGGCGCCGAUCUCCUCAACCACCGUGCUGUCUGCUGUGCCAGAAGUGGCAGCGACGUAUAAUACGGAUGGGACGAUGAUUAAUUUAUCUAAUGCCCUAUAUUUGAUAUUCAUGGGAUUGAGCCCCAUUUUUUGGGGGCCGAUUGGGACGGUGUAUGGAAGGAGACGGGUGUCCAUAGUAGCUGUUAUAUUAUUCACGGCAUUCUCCAUUGGCACAGCUCUGGCACCUAAUCUCGCAUCAUUCUUUGUCUUUCGAAGUCUGACCGCUUACCAAGGGACCUGCUUCCUAGUUGUGGGAUCAAGUGUAAUAGGAGAUAUUUACAAACCUACUGAGCGAGCUACGGCAAUUGGUUGGUUCCUUUCUGGCACACUUAUUGGACCUGCACUUGGCCCAUUCAUCGGCGGUGCCAUCGUCACCUUUCGAUCAUGGAGAGUCAUCUUUUGGCUUCAGACUGCUCUAGGCGGGGCUGCAACGCUUUUAGUAAUAUUCUUUCUCCCAGAAACUAUCAUUAAAACUCGAUCGCACGAGUUUGAAGGCUUAUCCAAAGUCCAAUAUGCGCGUGGAAUGUGGCAUCGGAUCAACCCAUUCCGUGUUGUCCUGUUAUACCGAUAUCCCAACCUCCUCAUCACGGGUCUCGCCUCCUCCGCACUCCUCUUUAGUAUGUACGGGUUAUUGACACCGAUCGCCUACGUCAUAAACCCCCGCUUCGACCUCACCACCCCUCUCCAAUCCGGCCUCUUCUACAUCCCCCCGGGCGCCGGUUAUUUCGUAGGGAGCUUUUUCGGCGGCCGGUGGGCUGACUACCAGGUCAAGAAGUGGGUUCGGAUCCGUGGCAAACGGGUCCCUGAGGACCGUCUGCGGAGCUGCAUCGUUGCAAUGGGUCUGGUCAUCCCAGGAUGUAUGCUGGUCUAUGGCUGGUCGAUUGAGAAGAGGAAGGGGGGCAUCCCAUUGCCGGUGAUCUGCAUGUUUAUACAGGGUGUGGCGCAGCUAUUUUGUUUCCCGAGCUUGAAUACAUACUGUUUGGAUGUGGUCCAGGAGCGAAGUGCGGAGGUCGUCGCUGCAAACUUUAUGCUCCGCUAUUUCUUUGCGGCGCUAGGCACGGCGACCUGCCUCCCUAGCAUCCAGAAGAUCGGUGUCGGCUGGGUAUCGACGAUCUGCGCCGCUUUCUUGGUCCUGGUCACUGUUUUGACGCACGCGGUCACGAUUUGGGGCCGGCGUUGGCAUGACCAGGUCGAUGCGAACAUAGAAGCGAGGAAGCAGCGAACCCAGAGGGCGAGGGAAGGGUUGGAGGGUAUGUGA